AACUCUGGACUUGGACACCGGAUCUAAUCUGUACACUUAUUAAUUGAAAAUAGGGAAAGCGGGAGAUGUCAUUAACACUUGAAAAGAAAAGAUAAAGAGACAGAGAAAUCAAGUGCAGCGUUGUGGUGACUGGUGAGUGGACGAGGAUGGCUUUGCGGUGGCCAACGGCGGUGUCUUCCCUAAAUUCUUCGCAUGCAGAGGCAGUAGUUCCACAGUUGUCUUGCUCGAAAACCCUCUACCAAUCGCAGCGAACCUUCACCUUUCCACCUAAUUCUACGAGCCGUCUCUUCUUGCCUCUCCACAACUUGAGCUCUGCUGCUAGGAUUGCCUCCUUUCGUUGCUUCUCUUCUGCCUUAACUCCUGAGCUAAAGAAUGCAUUGGAUAAAGUUGUUACAUCAAACAAGGUGGUUCUUUUCAUGAAGGGAACUAAGGAUUUCCCACAAUGUGGAUUUUCAAAUACUGUGGUGCAGAUUUUGAAUUCUUUGAAUGUUCCUUUCGAAACAAUAAACAUACUAGACAAUGAAAUGCUUCGUCUGGGUUUGAAGGAGUAUUCCAACUGGCCCACUUUUCCUCAACUUUAUAUUGAAGGAGAGUUUUUUGGUGGUUGCGAUAUCACAGUUGAAGCUUUUAAAAAUGGGCAAUUGCAGGAACUAUUGGAGAGGGCAAUGUGCUCCUGAUAUUUAUCUGAGUUGAAAAAUUGUAGUAUAGCUGCACUUGUUCAGAAAUAGAUGAUAACUUAUUGCUCUGGUUGGAGUGGGAAAACUUGUAUAACUCGGCUGAUCUUGUGGUUGUUUGUGUUGAUCUUAUAUCAGAAUUAUACAAUAUGCUUGAAGCCUAAAUCUGUCUCUUGUUUGCUUUUUGAAAAGCAAGAUAAAGGAAUUAAGAGAGGAAAACAAUUGGGGCUGGUCUCUUUGAAAUUUGAACGGCAUAUCUAUCUCUUUACUUCUGCUAGGUUGCUAGUCAUGCCAUAACUUUGAUUCAAAGCAUGAAUGUAGAUUUGGUAAGGAAGUUUUAAACUUGAAAAUUUUUGGAAUGGGUUCCUGGCUUCAAAAACCUUAUGCACAUUAAAACUUCAAAUGGUUGGCUGACAUGAUUAUAUAAUAGGUAAAAAUUCCGAAUGCUUACAGCCAUUACCGACUACCUGCAUUCUUUUGUUCUGUGUGCAGGGAAUUUCAAGGGGAUAAACCUCUGGAUUUUUGCAGGAGCUGGGGUUAGAACCCCAGCCCUACAAGAGUUCCAAGUUAGUGUUCUAAGUUUCCCCUCUCCCUGCUAGAGUUGUACCCUCAACUAGGUUUUGCGUCUGCUUAUAUGUGUUAUAAGUUUAAAUUUUCCUUUGGAAAGCGGAAUAUAUGUGAUUACUGUGUAGAGUUGGUUCAGAAUACAUGAAGCUUCACUGCCAAGUUGAGUUCAUUGCUAGUUACCCUCCGAGUUUCAACUUCUAGUGACCUCUUUUUCUUGGGUAACUCAUGAUUAAAAUUGAAUAAUUAUAACAUACUGCAGUAAAAGGAAUUGUAAUCGAUAUGAACCCAAAAAAAUUACACGUAGAAUUAAAGUUUUUGGACUCACAAUCACUAAUCAUAUAGAAAGAAGCCAAGAGAUGAUCGCUCGUCAAAGAAGAAAUGCUUAACCUUGGAGAUCCAACCAACGGUAAGGGAGGAAUUUAUAAAGUGUGCUCUUGCAAGGAAAAUAGUCUUCCCUAAAAGGGAACCUAGUACUAGUGUAAUGAAACAGUGCCCCAACAUGUACUACUGAUUUAAGCAUCAGUGAGGAUCCUGCCAGACCAACUUCGCCCACCCCGCCAACAUUUGUUUUGCAGGAGCCCACCGGUCAACUUACUUGAAUCUUGCUGAUGAUGAUGAUUUGAGUUCAGUUUUGUUAUACAAAUUUUACUUGCUUAUUCUAAUGAUUAUUCUCCAGGCUAAUCCUUAAUCUAAAAAUCUAAAACAAAUUGUAAUUAUAAACAAGAUGAUCAUAAAAGAAUAUUAAUUGCACGAUAACAUUUGAUUCAAUAUUUCAUCAAAUCAAAUUUAUUAUUUUUUUAAGAUUUUAAAAAAUAUCAUUUGAUUUCUCAAAAAAGUAAGAAUAAUUUUUUAUUGUUUAAAAUCAAAUAAUCAAUUAUUGCUUAUCCUAAAAGUAAUAAUAUAUUG